AGGAGAGUGCUGAAAUGGUGGCACCCACACCUGGAGAGGAGCCCCGGGGGCAAGGCCUGAGACAGGCCUUGCGCCACUUGCGCUUCCAGCUGCCUAGUUUCGAGGCCGAUGGCUUGCAGCAGGUGCUGACAGCACUCACGUCCUUGUCGGAACUGCUGCCGCUGUGCAUGUGCCCUGGAGUUCCGUCAUGGAGACAGGUGGCUGACAGUGGCAAUUGGCCAUGGCGAGGCACAAAAGACGCAGAUGCACCUGGAUGGUCGGAAUUGAAGGAUGCCCUUUCAGCAUUGUCACAGCUUGCGAUGGGCCUCUUCGAAAGGGAAGGCAUUGAUGCUACAGGUGCAGAUCAGAGUCCACAGGGCUUCUUCCGGCGAGCCGUUCGGGUGCACCCACAGCCGAUGGCAGCUGCAGUGUUGGAAGGGCAGCAAGAAAUUCCAUUGGAGAUACCUGGGGAUGACACCCUUGACCUGCUUUGUGGCCCCAUGAUGUCGGACCCUGAUGCAAAACCUGAGAAGCUGCCAGAACUUUGGCCACGAGUGCUGGAAGUGGGCAGUGAUGACUGGCCAGAGGCCACUGUGGCAGAAACGAAGGCAGCCCAGCUGGUUCCUGGCAUUCCAGUUGACUGGCAGCGUUUUCCCUCACUGUCCGGAAACCCAGAGGGCCCAGGGGUUGCUGGUUUCUAUAUCGUCUUUCCCAUCUCUGUCUUGGCACUGGUUCUGAAGAUUCUACACAUUGAAGCUGUCUUUGGCGAAGGGAAGAAGGACUUCGUCACAGGCUUCUACUUCCUUGUGGAUGGAGCACCUUGGAGUGGUUUCAGCGGCUUCGUGUCUUUCGUCAUUGUCUUCCGGCUCUCUGCUGCGUACUCCACAUAUUGGUCGGCCUAUACCACGGCGAACGCCUUCCUGGGCGACUGGUCCGGUUCUGCUGCCUCAGCUGUCAGCUUCUGCCGUGGCUCCAAGCAGCCAGAGGAGCAAGUGGAGGUGUUCUUGCACAAGGUCAUCCGGUUGUACAGCAUGCUGAGCGCUUGCGCACUGCAGGAGCUCUCUCCUCGAAAGUCUCAUCAGGUCUGGGGGCUGCUGACCCUGAACUCUGGUGGCAUUGACGAGAAGUCCCUAGCUAUGCUGGAUGGAUCAAACCAACGCGUAGAUCUGUGUUACCACUGGAUCCAGCAGGUGAUCGUUGAUGCGCAGAACGAUAGCAUUUUUGGCGUGCCUCCUCCCAUGGUCUCCCGCACCCUGGCAGAGCUAUCCUCGGGAAUGGGCAAAUUUGGUGAUGCCAAGAAGCAUGCCACGACACAGUUCAACUUCCCCUACGCGCAGACCUGCAAAUGGCUCUUGAUCCUCUAUUCAAUACUGAUGCCGUUCAUGAUGGUUCGUUGGUCCGAUUGGGCCUCCGGUGCCUUUAUCUUCACCUUUGUUCAGCUGUUCUUCAUCUGGACAUUGGAGGCCAUCACCAUCAUCUUGGAGAACCCGUUUGACACUUCAGAUCCAAACUGCAUCGACGUCUUCCAACUCCAGCUGAGUUUCUCCACUGCAGUGUCUUACUUCCGCGCCACAUGCGCAUGAUGUUGAGAUUUGGAGUGCAUAGCUUCAGAUUCUCGUGAAUUGAGGGACAACUACCGUAGAUGUCUACUGUAGGGAUUUUCAAUCGGUCAGUGGAAGGCCGGCC